ACCAUCAUACACGUAUGCGUGUGGAUGACUGUCGAGAACAAUCCUGUCGGCAACAAUGCCCAAUUGUAGUUGUGUAGUAUGACCAUGGGGUUUCACAAAUCUUUUAGGACUUGUCCUUCAUUUUGCUUCUUUCUUGGAGCUUCACGAGUGAAAGUUUGAGACCAUUAGAAAGCAAUAACUAUUACUUGUAUCUGGCAAUGGACCCGUGAUUGCCAACUGAAGAAACAAAUAUCAAAUGACAUUGAAAAUUAGAAAAAGGCUAGGCUGGCGGGUUGCAAGUAGACCUCUCACGAGAUUUCCAACUUUCGUUUUGUUCGGGUUUUGGAUCGCUUAUAUUUUGAUGAUUCAACCCGAACUAACCAGAGAGAUAGAGCCCGGCUCAAGCACUAAAAUGGUGGGCACUUGAUCGCUCCUCGUGCUUCAUCUACCUUGCAAUUACAAAGGGCUCUCUCCUUUUUACAAACAGCAUCUUACUCUUGCCCAAAUGCCAAGCAAAAUCUUUCUCAAUCUUCCAACAUUGUUGCUUCCAUUAAUUCAGUUACUCUCCAGCACUAACAGAACCAAUCCAUGAACAAUCAAAUCAACGUCCACUGCACCAGCCACCCUCAAAUUUCAUCUCCCGGCCGCCCGAACAACAAUUCAAACGAACCUAACACAGCUCCCUUACUUCUCCAAUCCUCAGAUGAACUCUGCAGCUUCAAAGGCAGCCUAAAAUGGUGGGCACUUGACCACUCCUCGUGCUUCGGAAAAUUCCUAUCUUACUUCACCUUCAUCUUCUUAACAGUCCUAGUCCCAAUCCUCACCUCCCUCUCUCUCAAACUCCCAUCUGGGGACCCCAUCUCAUUCAACAAGCUAGUCCAACUUCCCGAGUCCAGCUUAGCCGCCAUUGGGUUCAUGACUCUUUCUGGCUUCUUCCGAAAAUAUGGACUGAGGCAACUCCUCUUCCUCGACGGUCUUACAGAUGACUCUGGCUUUGUUCGUCGUGGAUACACUCGUGAGCUUGACAAGGCCUUCAAGUACCUAGCUUGCAUACUACUGCCGUCCUUUUUCAUUGAGCUUGCCCACAAGAUCAUAUUCUUCUCCAAUGUCCAAAUCUCACUGCCUCAUAUAAGCUCAAGCGUCCCAGUCAACUCAAUUAUGUUUGUUUUGGUUUUGGCUUCUUGGGUUUAUAGGACUGGGGUGUUCUUGCUGGUUUGUGUUAUGUUCCGGUUGACUUGCGAGCUACAAAUACUUCGAUUCGAAGGGCUUUACAAGUUGUUUGAAGGGCAUGAAUACGAAUCCAGUAUCAUAUUCCAGGAACAUGUAAGGAUAAGAAAGCAAUUGAAGGUCACGAGCCACAGGUACCGCUUCUUUAUCAUCGGAUGCAUGUUUACCAUCACGGUGAGUCAAUUCGGGGCCUUGUUGCUGGUUUUGGCAUCCAAGACGGAGAAGACUUUCCUCAACUCUGGUGAUCUUGUGGUUUGUUCUGCAGUCGAGCUUAGUGGCUUGUUUUGUUGCCUAAUGGAGGCAGCAAGAAUUACUCAUAGAGCUCAAGGAGUUGUAGCAAUUGCAACAAGAUGGCACAUGCUCUUGACUUGUCCGAAUGCCGGAUCAGACCAGCAGUGGAAAAGCCGGCAGAUUAGCUCAGAGGCAAAUGGACGCUGUAGAGAGAGUGACUGUGAACAUUCAUCAGACAUUUCCACUUCAGUUCCUCCACAGCAGCCUUCCUCAUUUCAAACCAGGCAAGCUCUGGUGGCGUAUUUGAGUCACAACAACGGAGGGAUCACGCUGUAUGGGUUUGCGCUUGAUCGGGGGUUGCUUCACACACUAUUUGCAUUUGAGUUCUCUCUGGUGCUGUGGGUGCUCAGCAAAGUGGUUGUUUUGUCUUAAGAACAACUUAGAGGUUUGCCGAAUGAAGCUUCCAACACCAACAUGUCAACGUUAACACUGCUGGAGGUGGAAGAGCAGUACCAAUCAGAUGAGCUCAAAGACAGACAGGACGAUUAUAUUGAAAUCUUCAAAAUUUUCCUCAUGAAAUGGGAAAUACUAGUUAAUUAAACAUUAAUAUAUACAUGAGGAUUGUCGAUAUCGAAAACACACAGAAGGAAGAUGUAGAGAGAAGCAUUGGUGAGGCAAAAAAUCAAAUGCUACAACCAAACGUAUCCGAGUACAUAUAUACAUGUUCAUGAACUCGGCUGAGCCAACAAUGAACUUACUACUCAUCCUCCAAAAAAUAAACGAACAACUAGCUAACAGCAAAGCUAUAAUACAAAGACUAAAAAACGUUUUUUCCAUGUAGUUUACACAAAGUUUCUCUUACGAGACAUCGUCCCUGUAGUUUCAUGUAAUUUGCCAAUUGUUCCUGGUAGAGGACAUCUGUCACUUAUGUUGAUUUCUUGUACGAAAUCUAUCAGGCUAACCCUUUCGUGUACCAUGUACGUGACAAUUUGUUAACAAAAGUUGACAGAUCUCCUUAGAGUUGCAACAAUUGGCAUAUAAUAGAUACCAAAUUUGAUGCAUUAUAUAUAGAAAAUUAUGCACGAAAGUCAAACCUUCUGAAAAGUUGA